GCCCCGGCGAUUGCUCUCCGCUCCAACAACACCACACUCGCCACGCCCCGGAGCCAUGUCGUCGUCGGUGUUCUACAAGUUCAAAAACUCAAAGGAGCCGGAGCGCUAUGCCUUUGACGGCAAUGAGAUCUCCGUCUUCGAGCUGAAGCGCGCCAUCAUCGAGGCCUCGGGCAUGGCCAAGAGCACCGACCUCAACCUGCACAUCUACCACGAGGACGAGCCCACGCGCGAGUACGACGACGACACCACCACCAUCCCGCGCACCAGCACCGUCAUCGCCGUGCGCCGGCCCGCCGCGCGCGGCUUCAGCAAGAUCUCGCGCUACGUGUCGGGCAAGCCGCCGGUGCGUGCCAUCAAGAAGGACGCCGCCCCGGUCGCUGCCCCGCGCGCGGGCGGCACGGAAACCGACGCCGAGGCCGCCUUCCUGGCCGAGUCGGCGCAGGUGUGGGACGCGCAGAAGGAGUCGCUGUCGCACGCCAAGCCCGUGUACAACAAGAAGAAGCCCGUCAACGUGCCCAACUACGACCCGCCGUCGGGCUACGUGUGCCGCCGCUGCGGCGUCAAGGGCCACUGGAUCCAGCAGUGCCCCGAGAACGACAACCCCGACUUCAAGCCCGUGCACUGCCCCAAGCGCACCACGGGCAUCCCCAAGUCGUUCCUCAAGGUCGUCGACAAGUCGGAGGUGGACGAGGACGCCAAGGGCGUCAUGCUGAACGCCGACGGCGAGUACGUGCAAGUCAUGACGGACACGAAGACGUGGGAGAAGUUCCAGGAGAAGACGCAGGCCACAAAGGCGCAGGCCGCCAGUGCCGAUGCGGCGAGCAAGGAGGUUCGCGAGCGCGGCCUGGAGUGCCCGCUCGACAACAGCAUGUUCGUGCAGCCCGUCAAGACGGCGUGCUGUGAGACGACCUACUGCAAUGAUUGUAUCGAGUCCUCGCUAGCAGACAAUGAUCUUAUUUGCCCGCACUGCGGAGAAGAAACCCUGAUCGAAUUCACCCCUGACAAGGCCAUGGAAGCCCGCCUCCGCGACUACGAAGCCGAAAAGGCAAAGGCCCGCGCCGAUGCAAAGGCGGACAAGGACGCCGCCGCAAAGGCCGACGCCGACGCCGCCGACAAAGAUGCUGCCAACAAAGACGAUGCACCCGCCCCUGACCCUGCUGAAGACUCUGUAGUUGCCGCCCCAGACUCCCCCGCGGAGCCCGACGACGACUCGGCGUCGCGAAAGCGCAAGACGCCGCCCGCCGACAUCCAGCCCCCGACCGCGCCAAAGGCCAUGCGCCAGCAACCGCAGAACGCCGUCGAGAUGGACUUUAUCGCGCAGAUGGAGGCGCUGAAGAACAUGCCCAUGAACAUGGGGAUGCCGAUGGGGAUGCCGAUGGGCAUGGGGAUGAACAACAUGAACGGCAUGAACGGGAACGGCAUGAACGGGAACGGCAUGAACGGUAUGAACGGGAACGGCAUGAAUGGCAUGAACGGCAUGAACAUGCCCAUGCCCAUGAUGGGCAUGAAUAUGAACGGCAUGCCCAACUUCACCCCCACCCCCAACAAUUCCAAUCUCAACAACGGCUCUCAAAACCCCACUCAGAUCGGGAAUCAGUCCGCAAAUCAAAACCCCUCGCAGACUCAGGUGCAAAACGACGCAUAUGACCGCCAGCCCGUAAACCCCAACCGCCAGCGCGGGCGCAAGCCACGGGCGCCUGAUUUCCGGUAUCUGUAGUUUUUGGGCUUCUAUUACUUUACUCUACAUUGCAUUUCUUGGGCUGGGGCGUUGGCAGGCGCGCUGGGGAGUCUGGCUGUGGUUUGCGAGGGCGUGGAGGGGGGUG